AUGGUGACUGCAGUGGCCACUUUGCAGGGAAAAGACAGUCCACCCCACUUGCCCACAGGAGACACAAGUCAGAAGCUGGCAGAGCUGGCAUUUCAGAGGGUCUGUCUCUUAGGGUCGAGGUCUCAUCACUUGACUCAUCUUUUCCUUCCCCCUCAAAUAAACUCCAUCAAGGUUGUCUUUGAAGGAGCAGGGUGCACACACAGCCCCGGCCGGCCUGAGAACUCUGGCAGUAUCGCCUCCACCACAGAUGAGGCACCGCACGCGGGCAAAGAGCUCUGGAUCACGCGUCCUGCCUCUCACCGCCAGCUGGCCUUGAGUUAA